UGCUCUGAUUCGCGUUGACGCUCCGCGGCUCGCUUGAUCCGGAUCCGAUGGAGGGAGCCGCGGCUGGAGGAUGCGCGGCGGAGGACGCGGACGCGGUGAUGGAUGCUGCAGAUCUCGUCAGAGACUGAGAGUCCUUGAGAGGUCUGUCUGCCGCUCUGUGCCCUCGUCCUUGGCACACGGUCUGAUCCACCGUUGGGCAGAAACCAGCCGUAAUCUCUGCGUCUGAUUGGCCGCCGCUCGCGUCCAGGUGACCAGAGAGAUUGUGGAGUUUGUCAGGGCAGCAGAUUAGUUCCUGCUGUCAAUCCGAUUGAGCGUUCUCCUCUCACCGCUGAUCCGACUGCAAAUAGAAACGAGAAGCCCAGCCGCAGGGACUCCUAUGACAUCUGAGACGCUGCUCUUAAGAAGACCUACAUAACUGAGAUGCCGUCGUCCUCGUGUCACUCCAGCACUGGCCUUGAGAAGAAGAUCGGUCACAGGCGGGUCGAUGCAUCCGGUGAAACCACCUACAAGAAGACGACCUCGUCUGCCCUGAAAGGAGCCAUUCAGCUGGGGAUCGGCUACACCGUGGGUAACCUGAGCUCCAAACCUGAGCGCGACGUCCUCAUGCAAGACUUCUACGUGGUGGAGAGCAUCUUCUUCCCCAGUGAAGGCAGUAAUCUGACGCCGGCGCAUCACUAUCCAGACUUCAGGUUUAAAACCUAUGCUCCGGUGGCUUUCCGCUACUUCAGAGAGCUCUUCGGGAUUCGACCGGACGACUAUCUGUAUUCUCUCUGUAAUGAGCCCUUGAUCGAGCUCUCAAACCCCGGCGCCAGCGGCUCCAUCUUCUACGUCACUCGAGACGAUGAAUUCAUCCUGAAGACCGUCAUGCACAAAGAGGCUGAGUUCCUGCAGAAGCUGCUUCCAGGAUACUACAUGAACCUGAACCAGAAUCCCCGCACGCUGCUGCCCAAGUUCUUCGGUUUGUACUGCGUUCAGUCCGGAGGGAAGAACAUCCGUAUCGUGGUGAUGAAUAACAUCCUGCCGCGCAUCAUUCGCAUGCACCUCAAGUUCGACCUGAAGGGCUCCACGUACAAGCGCCGCGCGUCCAAGAAAGAGCGUGAGAAGUCCAAGCCCACCUUUAAAGACCUGGACUUCAUGCAGGACGUUCAGGACGGACUCCUGCUGGACGUGGACACGUACAACGCGCUGGUGAAGACGCUCCAGAGAGACUGUCUGGUGUUGGAGAGUUUUAAGAUCAUGGACUACAGUCUGCUGCUGGGGGUUCAUAAUCUGGACCAGGCGGAGCGCGAGCAGCAGAUGGAGGGAUCGCAGAGCAGCAGCGAUGAGAAGAGACCGGCCGCUCAGCGAGCGCUUUACUCCACCGCCAUGGAGUCCAUUCAGGGAGGAGCGGCGUGCGGCGGCUCCUUAGACACCGACGACACGAUGGGUGGCAUUCCUGCUGUCAACGGCAAAGGAGAGAGACUCCUGCUCUUCGUCGGCAUCAUAGACAUCCUGCAGUCCUACAGACUUAUAAAGAAGCUGGAGCACACGUGGAAGGCUCUGGUGCAUGACGGGGACACGGUUUCCGUCCACCGACCGAACUUCUAUGCUGACCGCUUCUUCAGGUUCAUGAGCAGCACUGUGUUCAGGAAAAGCACUUCGCUGAAGGCUUCUCCUGCUAAGAAGGGCCGUGCGGUGCUGACCGUGCCCAAACUCAGCGGCCCCGGAGCGGCCUGGUCGGCCAGCCAGCUUCCCUCAGAGAGAGACCAGAACAUCUAUGACCUGAGAGGAGCGCGCAGCUUCCCCGUGCUGGAAAACGAUGGUCUGCAGUCCUGCACUCCUCCGUCGUUCGAGGAAGCGACCACGGCAUCUGUGGCCACAACUCUGUCCUCAAACACCUCCAUAUCAAUCCCAGAACGCUCUCCGUCAGACACCACAGAGCACCCGCGCUACAGAAGACGCACAUUGUCUCUGAAAGACGCUGAGGGAAGGACACAUGAAGUGGUGGAUGUGCAUGAGGAAGAGCAGCAGACCAUCACUGUGCAGGUGGAGGUGAAGAGAGAGAGAGAAGACGAGGAGGAGGAGCCAGACGUCUCUCUAACACACGCGGAGACGGACGUUCCUCCUCCAGACACUGAUGACCUCGUCUCAGAAACAGCCGCUUCAGCACCCGUUGCCCAGGAAACCGUCUCCCAGACGACACUUCCUGGUGACACCCAGACGACGCUACCUGUGGAAACAGCUCUUCUGACAGAAAGCGGGACCCUGGAGUCAGCUCCGGCCCCUGAAGCAGCAGAUCCGGCCGCCUCCAGCCCAAACACACAGCGUUUCUCAGAGUCCCAGAGCCGGGAAUCUCUGGAGGAAGAGCUCGCCUCAACCACUGACAUCUACUUUUAAUCUGGAUGUUCAGUAGACGUCUCUCUGUGGGUCUGAAGAGGUUUUGCUGUUCUCCAGCAUGGAUUCUGCUCUUCUGAGCACGAGCGAGACGAACCGAAGAACCUUUCGGACAAAAACCCUGUUCCUUUUCUACCUGGGUGCCACUUCCUGAUCGAUUCCCCUCAAGAACAACGUUAGCUCUCCAAAAAUCCCUUGUGUGUUUGUGAAUCCAGACGUCAGGACGUGCAUCGACUCCCUCAAAUACAUCUCGUCAGUUUCCAAGUUGUUGGCGACCCAUAAUGCACUAGACUAGAUUUAAUGUCUUCAAUCAUUCCAUGAACUCCUCUGAACGACGUGAUCCUCCUGAUCUGUCACUAUCCAUGCGUCCAGCGUGGAGCUUCCUCAUUAUGCAAUAUGAACUCCUCCCCGUGAUUGCAUGUAAUUACAUGAUCUAUUUUUAUUUUGUGCGCAUCUGAGAUGUUCGGAGUGGAAUACAGUUAAAAUAUGUGAUAAAAAGUAAAGAUUUGAGACUGAAAGCAUUGCUGCAGAUGACCGAACACAUAUCAUGUGACGCUGGAAGCUGCUGUGAAACCGCUGGAGCCGCAACAUAUCAACAUCACGUAUGAAUCAAGCGGGAAUCGUGUGAGUCGUGUCUUUUUCUAUCAGUCAUGUCGUCAUUUCUCAGUCAGAUGUGCUCCUUUUUGUAUAUUACGUUCUCUGUUUUUUUCACAAGUCAGAUGAAUUUUAUUAUAGAUCAUUGUUGGUCUGUUAUACUGUUUCAGAUUGUCAUCAUUAAAACAUGCUGAAUUCCCUCUAUUCAGGUCAACACACUACAAUCAAUUAAUAUUUUUGUCUUGUUUUAAAAAUAAAUUCUUAAACAUCCUUAAAACGAGAUGCAUUUACUUGAGAAUUUAAUUUUUUGAAUGUCUAUUAUAAUUUUAUAGCUUUAUAAUUAGAAUUUAGAAUAGUUUUUUGAGCUAUUAUUAUUAUUAUUAAUUUAUUAUAAAUAUAUUAUUAAUAAAAUACAUAUUCCAUUCUAGGAACAGUUACCAAUAUUUUAUUUCCUUUUAAAAACAUGUUUUAUUUAUUGUCAUCUUUUAUCGAUAUAAUUUUAUGAAUGUCUAUUGCAGUUUUAUAGCUUUAUAAUUUUUAAUUAUAAUUUAUAAUUUAAUAUAGUUUUUUAUGGCCAAAGCGUUUCUUUUAUUUAUUAUUUUAAACAGUUAUUAUUAUUACUAUUUUAAAAAUUAUAUAAAAUGUUUUAAAAUUAUAUUCAUAAAUAUAAUUUUUAUUUAAUAUAGUUAUUAUUAUUAACAUUCCCAGUGAAGUAUGAAAAGUACUUCAUUCACAACAUCGUAACAUUUUGCUUCUCAAAUAAAUGCAACUUAUUUUAAGCAUCUUAUAAUAUUGCUGGAAAACAAUAUAUUUUUAUGGUGUUCUUUAAAGAGUCAAUAUCUAUAAUGACAAUCUCACGGAUUUUUUGGAAGUGAUAGAGAGUGUACAGUAUGUUUGUUUUAUGUUAAGAUUGAUCGUCUGUGUUUGUGAUGAAACACUAAACACUGACAAAGACAGACAAAGACUCGAAACGGCCCACGCUUAAAUAUACUGUAUAUUAAAUUCAGCUUUUAAAACCUUGUCAUUCUUUUUUAAGCUUUACUCCAUUUCAACAAAGACUUUCUCAUAUCAUUUUUCUUUUAAAUAAUGUUUUAUUUAUUGUCACCUUUUAUCUAUGUAAUUUUAUGGAUGUCUAUGAAAACUUUAUAGUUUUUUAUAUUUUUUAUGUCUUUUUUUGUUUGUUAAGGCUAAUUUCAGACAUGCUGAAUAUCAUAAUCAUGCUCGCAACAGAAAUUUAUAUACAGUACAUAUGUUAAAAUGUACAGAAUCUGACGUGAAAUAAUUCAGACUCAUCCUUAAUUUUGCAAAAUCAAAGAAAAGUCACAUUUACAAUAAUGCACUUAAAAUGGAGUUAAAAAUGGGAUAUAGUUUUAAGAUUUUAUUUAUAUGUUUUCAAGUCUAGUGGCAAUACUUUCAAAAUGUUUAAUGUCCAUUUUAAUGUGUGUUUUUGUUUCCUCUGUGAUACUUUUUAUUGAACCUGCAUCACUUCUUCAAUGCUCAGUUUGGGUUUUAAAGGAUAAAAUGGCCUUAUUUGGACAGUGAAACAGAUUUCUGCAAUGAAAUCCUCAAUACUAUCAAAAUCAAUCCCAUUUCUCAUGUUUCAUGGGGCGAGUCUUUGUAGUAUAAUGUACAAUAUGUUUUAAAGUGUAACUGUAUGUGUGAAGUAAUGAGAGGCUGCAUGUUCAGGGCGUUUGGUUUGUAGUUCUUCAGACGUCUGCUGUGAAGCUCUAGUGUUUGAGUAUCUGAUCUACAGUCUGCCCUCAGUAACCAAUGUGCGUGUGUGUGUGUGUGUGUGUGUGUGAGAGACUGUAUAUAUUUUUGGUCACUGGUUUGAGGAAGGUCUGUGCUGUACUUUAGGCUUUGUCAUUCAUUUCUGCAGCUCUUUUCUGGUGAGACUCCGUGCAUGUGAACGUCUGUAAGUGUCCGUCUCUAACACUAAACAUCCACGGCUUGUGUGUCUGUACAGAUUAAUGAUGAUGUAAAAACAAAAACAAACCAUACCAAUAAAGACUAUAUGGAAAAUAA